AUGCUUAUCCCCAAGGCCGAUCGCAAGGCGAUUCACGAGUACCUCUUCCGAGAGGGCGUUCUCGUCGCGAAAAAGGACUUCAACCUUCCCAAGCAUGGCGACAUCGACACCAAGAACCUGUUUGUCAUCAAGGCUUGCCAGUCUUUGACCUCCCGCGGAUACCUCAAGACCCGCUUCUCGUGGCAAUACUACUACUACACCCUUACCCCCGAGGGUCUUGACUACCUCCGCGAAUGGCUCCACCUCCCCGCCGAGAUUGUGCCCCAGACGCACAUCAAGCAGGCGCGCACUGCUCCUCCCCGAGGCAUGCUCGGUGGUGACGACCGUGAGAGGCGCGGUGGCGGCCGUGGUGGACGUGGCGGUGACCGUGGUGGCGACCGUGACAGCUACCGCCGUCGUGAUCAGGGCGAGAAGGCCGAGGGCGCUGCUCCUGGCGAGUUCAAGCCCGAGUUCCGUGGUGGCUUCGGCCGGGGACGUGGUGCUGCUCCUGCUUCUUAA